AUGACUGAAUCACUGGAUCGAGCAACACUACAGGAUUCAGAAGGAUUCCAGACACCCAGUGCCCGUGUUUAUAUUUCCUACGACCCUGCGAAUCCUCCAUCCCAUCCAGGGGCAAAUUGGACUCGUUUCGUGUGUAUCAGUGACACCCAUUCUCAUACUUUCAGUGUUCCGUCUGGGGAUGUCCUACUUCACUCUGGCGAUCUCAGUCGGCUAGGCCGGGAAGACGAGAUUCGUGUCACGAUAAAGUGGUUGCGUAGUCUGGAUCAUGGCAUCAAAAUUAUUAUAGCAGGAAACCAUGACCUACCUCUUCACGAGGAGUGGUACGAGGACAGUUACUACGCUUUCCACGACAAGAAGGAGUCAUCAACUACGAUCAGAAAUCUCGUUGACAGCGAUACAAACCGUGAUCGAGGCCUAAUCUAUUUGCAGGACGAACAAUACACUUUCAGCACCAAGGAAGGUGGAAGGGAAUGGUCUGUGUAUGGCUCUCCGUGGCAACCCUAUUUCGGCGGCUGGGCUUUCAAUUACUUGCCUGAGGAAGCCUUUGAUCGCGUUUCCGCAAUACCUGAGGUCGACAUUCUUCUCACUCACGGACCUCCGCAUAACAUUCUAGAUAAAACCUUCACCAAUGUCAAUGCUGGGUGCCCUGCACUACUCGCGCACCUUUCCGAGAUGCGGGGGCCUCCGCUUCUCCAUGCCUUCGGUCAUAUUCAUGAAGCACGUGGCGCCGUGCAGCAUUCUUGGAUGCAAGUGGAGAGAAAACAAGGUUCUUCGAAUGCAGAAUGCACAGCCCCUCUUGGAAUGAGAGAGACGAUAAUGGUUAAUGCAGCUAACCAGCCUCUCGGGCGUCAGGCGAUUAAACCUGGACCGGGUGGCCAAAGGAUCCCAUGUGGUGUGUAA